AUGCCUAACCCAGGGGGCUACCAAGCAUACAUGAUAACCUUGCCACGAGACAGCGAUCUUGCUGCAGCAAUUGAGAUCAUUCGCCCUCUCCGUAUCCAGAUGGUUCUACAGAAUGUCCCUACACUUCGACAUAUCGUCCUCGAUGCAGCAGUACACAACCCGAAAUCUCAUUACACGAAAGACAUCGAUCGGCCUCUCAACGACGAAGAACUUGUCGCCAUAGCAGCACAGCUCAAACUGGGCAGGUGGAACUUCUACGGCGCGUUAUACGGACCUGAACCAGUUCGAAACGUGCUAUGGACUGUGAUCAAGCAAGCAUUCUCCAGUAUCGAAGACGCGAAGUUUUAUUUCCCUGAAGAUAGGACGGAGGAGAAUAGUAUUCUACGAACUAGAGCCAAAACGUUGCAGGGUAUUCCGACGUUGGAGGAGUUGCGGUGGGUGAAUUGGUUGCCGAACGGCGCGCAUCUAUUUUUCAGUCCUAUUGCGAAGAUAAGUGGGCAGGAUGCGACGCUACAGUAUCAGGUUACGAGUAAGAGAUGUAAGGAAGCGGGGUUGGAUUUCAUAGGCACUUUUGUUGUUGGGAUGAGGGAGAUGCAUCACAUCGUCUGUAUAGUCUUCAACCGUGAAGAUCCCUCGAGCAAAAAGAAAGCGCACUGGUUAAUCAAAACACUCAUCCAAGACGCAUCUGCCCACGGUUGGGGCGAGUACCGCACGCAUCUGGCUGUCAUGGACCAGAUUGCCGAGACCUACAAUUUCAAUGAUGGGGCAUUAAUGAAGCUUAAUGAGACGAUUAAGAAUGCUAUGGAUCCGAAGGGUGUGCUUGCGCCGGGGAAGAAUGGCAUUUGGCCGAAGAGUUAUGAUAGGGAGAGCUGGAGGUUAGACAACAAGUAG